AUGACUGCUGCAAACAACAUUCUCAUUACAGGCGCUGCAGGCUUUCUCGGGCCCAUACUGGCCAGCAAGCUACUCGAGAACAGCGCGAACCGCGUGGGAUUGACGGACCUCAGGGCGCCGUCGCCGCCGACAGGAUUCUCUGACAACGAGCGAUGCAUCUGCGUCGGCGCCGACCUCACAGUCGGAGAGGAAAUCACCCGACUACUCGCUCUUAAUUCAAGUUGGAAUGCCAUUUUCAUUAUUCACAGUAUCAUCGACGCAGGCUCUUCUGACAGCCGUUUCGAGGCUACACAACGGCGACUGACGCAAGUCGUAUAUGGACCUCCAUACACAACAAACGGAACCAUCACUGACGACACGCCAGCGACUCCCGUCGGAGUAUACGGCACGCACAAGCUCAUGAUGGAAAUAUUCGUCAAUGACCUUCACCGUCGCAGCCUUUUAGACGCCUUUAGCGUCCGAUCGCCGACGGUGACGGUUCGCCCAGGGGCGCCCAGCCGCUCGGCUUCAUCCUGCUUGAGCGGCAUGGUGCGCAAACCAAUGCCAGGACAAGAAUGUGUCAUGCCGAUUGACGACUACUCGGGCGGUUGCGCUGUGUGCGGCGAGGAGAAGCUGGCGUUGUUGAAGGUGGAACGCAAUGUCGAAGCCGAGAGGUUGCUGAAGAAGUGGCCACAGAUUUCGGACUUUGAAGAUGCCAAGAGGCUGAGUCUCGUGUUUGACUCUGACUGCGAGCAGAUCUUCCAGGAAAAAUUCGGCCUGAUGUUUCUUCUCGGUGGCGUCUUUGUCCUAAAAGAGGAUGUCGUCUUCUUCAAAGUGCACACCUCUGUUUCGUGGGCGAAGGGCGUAUCGGCAGACGAAACUACUCUCGGCUGGUGUCUGCUGCUGCGCGCCAUGCUCCAGUGUCUUGCGGACUGCCUCGAGCAGUGUGACGAUCUCUGCCGCGGCGCCCUCAAACUUCGCGAUGCGGUCCUUCCAGUGUUGGUAUGUCGUCCCACAGGUUCGAGACCCGUUUUAGAUCGGCUGCCCAACGAUCAAACACUGCCACCCAUCCGCAAUACCGCUCUUAGCCCAGCUUGGACUUGGCCUCUCACCCCUCUGUACUUGAGGUUUACUGCAACCCCGAUCAACAGCGAUGCUCAGCUCGAGACGCUCGUUCGCUAG